GACAACGGUCAGAACGCUGCGAUAUCGCUCACAAACGCUAGCCAGACGCCGUGCUGUCAAGGUUUGCUUCAAGAAAUAGUCGAAAAAUAAAUUUCCAAACGUGAAAAUGGUGUCAAGUGUAAAACUGAUCUUGGCUUUCACCGUCUUGGCCACUUUGGCCUGCACGGGGUACGCCAUUAAGUGCUAUCAGUGCGAUUCUUUGACAAACCCCAAAUGUGGAAAGGAUAUGAAGUCCGAUGAUGACCUGGUCUUGGAUUGUUCCAGGACAGCUCCUCCUCGGUUCCUUCAAAACUUUUUCCCAGUUCGUAAUGCCACCGGUUGCAUGAAGCAGACAAUCGAAAUUCCUGGAAACCCGCAGAUCGUAAGGAGCUGCUUCUUUGGCGACCUUAACAACAAGGCGGCCGGAUGUCAGACCGAUGUCACGCUGUCGCUCAACAAGCUACUGAGCUGCGAGGUCUGCACCGAGGACGAGUGCAACGGAUCCUCCACCCUGGCCCCCAUUGCCGGAGUUAUCUUGCUCUUCUUCGGCGUGGCUCGACUUUUGGCCUAAGGAUGAAGUAUAUUUCAGAAGUGCCGCUGGUAGCAACCACAUCGAACCCGCUUUUAAAAAGAACACAAGCGCUUUAGUCACUUUUAGAUGUUAUACACCUUUUUUGUCCACAAUAAAAAUCACGUUAUUUAUUUUAAACCGA